CAGAAAGAAGAUGGCGGCAAAAGUUAAAUCUUGUGUCGUUUUAUCGGAUUCCUAAAACUGGCUUAAGAAAACUCAUCUUGGGUUGGAAAUAGUUCCAAAACCUAUUAAGGAAAGAGACCUAUCGCUCUCUACUGAAGUUAAUGUUAUUAUUAGAUCUGAAAGAGCUAAAAAUCCGGAAUCGCCACUUUCAGAUUUUUUGGAAAGAACUACCCGAUCAUCAGAAUGAGUGAGGCCAAAGAGAAAAAAACAAGAGACGGAAAGUACGACGACAGACCGAUAUGCAAGUAUGGAGCCGAUUGUUAUCGUAAGAAUCCUGCUCAUUUUGCGGAAUAUCGACAUCCAGAUUAUGACUCUGAAACUGAUGACGAUAAUGAAGAGUUGGAGAACUCUCCUCCAGCCAAGCGACAGAAGCUAGAUGUUAGAGAAGAGUCGAGUGGGUCAUCUGCAUCAUCAUCCUCCAAAAACACCAAUAACAAGGAAGAAGGUUGUUUGCCGUUUUUGUUGACCAGAGUGCGUGGAAUUCCUUCAGAAUUCAAUGCCAGAAAUUUAGCUAUUGGCAUUAAAGAUAUUCUUUCAAAUGACAUGGGUGACUUGAAAGCAUCAGCGCAGUUUAACUACAUGUUUGAUAUCUCUUGGUUGACUGAGCAGUAUCCUGAAGAUAAAAGGUCCAAACCUUUGCUUAUUGUUCAUGGAAAUCAGAGGGAAGCAAAAGCUGAACUUCAAAGAGAGGCUGAGCCAUAUCCAAAUGUCCAACUGUUUGCCGCCAGGUUGGAAGCUUUUGGAACACAUCAUAGCAAAAUGAUGCUAUUGUUGUAUAAAGAGGGUAUUAAAGUGGUCAUCACAACAGCUAAUCUGAUUGCCAUGGACUGGGACCAAAAAACACAAGGGUACAGACUUUUUCCCACAGUGGAUAAUGUUCGGCAGAGUUUGGAAGGCUAUCCAGCUGGUGGUUCGUUGCCGUACAGCUCUAAAACAGCAGUGAAACAGCCUUACCUCACAAGUUUCUUUUGCUCAUGGAAAUCCCGCAGCUGUGGUAGAAGUCGCGCCUCUCCCCACAUUAAGACUUACACCAGGAUAUCCCCUGACUGGAGCCAUGUGGCUUGGUUUCUUAUGACAAGGCGGAUUUCUUGUCAUGUGACAGUAUUUUUACCAUGUUUGUUUGUGUUCUCAAUAGAAAACCCAUGGAUGUGGGACGUCAGGUAUAGCACACCGGAUUGUCACGGGAGAAUAUGGUCACCGUCUUAACGGCUCGAGUAAUUGUAACACAAGAGAUGAAAUUCUGGGCUCAAGUUGAGAGGACAAGGGGGGGCCAAUACAAUAUGGGGGACAUUAGGCGUGUUCUAAAUUGUGAAACGUCUUUUGUUUGGACGAAAGUUGAAGACUGCCAGUAACUGUGAAAACUCCAUAAAGAGUUUACUCGACAGAACAUUUUGUAUUUUGCGAGCGUU